CUGUUUAGCCUUCAUCUGUGCAAUUAGUUUUAUAAUUAACUCAUAUUUAGUCCUCCUAAUUAGUCUCUGAAUAUUCGAUGUGAUACGGACUAAACUUUAGCUCAAGGAACCAAACACCCCCUAGGCAAUAAGAAUAAAUAAGAAUCAGUUUAGGUUUGAGAUGUAAUGUCAUAUGUUUGUUAGUUAUACUGGAUCACAUCAAGCUGCUUGGAGAGGUGGUUUUCCUCGAUUCUUCACGGAGCAGAAAUGAUUUCCUGCACUCAGAACUGCUGCUGUCCAAAGUUUGUUGCCCUCCUUUUCUUCUUGUGGAUUAAAGAUAUAAUGAUUCGCUAUUUGUUCUCGUUUGUAUAAACUCUUGGCACGAUCUGGAAGAAAAGGACGUCGCUCUCGAGUCAUGUGAUUUCCCUUUGGCAAAUUUUUUUUCUUGUUAGUUCGAUGAAUAGCUACAUCCAUACUGUUAAUACUUUUUUAUUCCUUUUUUUAUUGUUGAGGCAUCAUGCAUUCAUGCUGCUACUAUUUUGUCCUAAUUGGCGCCCCCGCAAUGGUGCAAUCAACUCGCGAGAGAAACGGGAUGUGAUGACUGAUGAGAAGGUGAGCGUGAAAAGAAGAGGGGCAAAGCAAAAUGGAGCAAAAGCCCCGCAUGAUGAGUCCAUUACCUUUCUUGUCACGCCGAAAGAGGAUCAUGAUUUCACCCUCAGCCCUGUUUCUCAUUCUCAAGUGUCAAAGUUGGGAGUUGGGAGUAACUAAACAUGGCCAAGGCCUAAACAUGGCCAAACAGAUCAAAAGCGAAAAGUGGAAGCCUCCAGUACUGACAAGCCUGCCACUGGGCUUUGGCCUGUCCAAAGAAAACAGUCGAGUGAAGACGUUGAAGAGGUUCCAGUUCAAACACCUCCCGAUUUCAAAAAUCAAAAGGCACGGUUGUUCUCUUGUUCCAAUGCAGAUUAUGGAGCAGCCAAGAUUACUCAUGGCUCUGAUUGAGUAAUUCCUCCCUUUCCUCCAUGCCGAUCUUGUAAUAGCCCCAACCACACUCGCCGUUGCGAACAGCAACGAUGGCUCUGCAGUUCUUGGCGCGUUCCAUGGGGUUCCUGGCGAUAUGGGCGUGCCUGAGCUUGGCAAUGCCGGCGGCGGCGGCAGCAGCGGCCGCGACCGUGCCGCAGCCGGAGCCGGAGGUGAAGCCGAGCGACACGGACGCGCUCACCAUCUUCCGCAACGGCGCCGACGCGCACGGCAUCCUGGCCGCCAACUGGAGCAGCGGCGACGCCUGCGCCGGCCGCUGGACGGGCGUCGGCUGCUCCGCCGACGGCCGCCGCGUCACCUCGCUCGCGCUGCCGUCGCUGGACCUGCGGGGCCCGCUCGACCCGCUCUCCCACCUCGCCGAGCUCCGCGCGCUUGACCUCCGCGGGAACCGCCUCAACGGCACGCUCGACGCGCUCCUCCGCGGCGUCCCCAACCUCGUGCUGCUCUCUCUCUCCCACAACGACAUCUCCGGCGCCGUCCCGGACUCCAUCGCGCGGCUCCCCCGCCUCGCCCGCGUCGACCUCGCCGACAACAGCCUGAGCGGGCCCAUCCCGGCGGCGGCGCUCGGCAAGCUCACCGGCCUCCUCACGCUCAAGCUCCAGGACAACCUCCUCACCGGCCUCCUCCCCGACGUCACCGCCGCGCUGCCCCGCCUCGCGGAGUUCAACGCCUCCAACAACCAGUUCUCCGGGCGGGUCCCCGACGCCAUGCGCGCCAGGUUCGGUCUCGCCUCUUUCGCCGGCAAUGCCGGCCUCUGCGGGCCCGAGCCGCCGCUACCGCCUUGUUCCUUCCUGCCGCGCGAGCCCGCCCCGACGUCGCCUUCGUCCGUGCCUUCCUCCAUGGUGCCGUCGAACCCGGCGGCGUCCUCUUCCGUUGCUUCGUCCUCGCCGGCACUGGCCACACCGGAGUCGCUCGGCGGGGCUGGCAAGGGGGGCUUGAGCCCCGGCGCAAUCGCCGGGAUAGCCGUCGGCAACACCCUGUUCUUCUUUGCUCUGGCGUCGCUGCUUGUAGCGUGUUGCUGCUGCGGCCAAGGGGGCGGCGGCGAGCCUGCAGCCAAGAAGAGGAAGAGACGCGGCCGCGUGGGCCUCGAGGACGGAGACGGAGCGCUGUUCGGCCACCUCAAGGGGGAGCAACCGGCUCGUCCGGGCAGCGCCGGCAGGUGCAGCGACGGCGGCGACAGCGACGGUGCGCGCAGCAAGCUCGUGUUCUUCGGGGCGGACGGCGAGGGCGAGGAGGACGACGGCGGCGGCAACAGCGAUGGCAGCGCCGGGGGAAGGCCAAGGGGCGGCGCGCCGCUGACCUCGCACCUGCAGGAGAGGCGGAGCAGGUUCCAGCUGGAGGAGCUGCUGCGCGCGUCGGCGGAGAUGGUCGGCCGGGGCAGCCUGGGCACCGUGUACCGCGCGGUGCUGGGCGACGGGCGCAUGGUCGCCGUGAAGCGGCUGCGCGACGCCAACCCCUGCGCCCGCGAGGAGUUCCACCGGUACAUGGACCUCAUCGGCCGGCUCCGCCACCCGCACCUCGUCCCCCUCAGGGCCUUCUACUACGCCAAGCAGGAGAAGCUCCUCAUCUACGACUACCUCCCCAACGGCAACCUCCACGACCGCCUCCACGGACACAAGAUGACAGGCGAGUCGCCGCUGGACUGGACGACGAGGGUGAGGCUGCUGCUCGGGGCGGCGCGCGGGCUGGCGUGCAUCCACCGGGAGUACCGGACGUCCGGCGUGCCCCACGGCAACAUCAAGUCCACCAACGUCCUGCUCGACAAGGGCGGCGCCGCCCGCGUCGCGGACUUCGGCCUCGCGCUCCUACUCAGCCCGGCGCACGCCAUUGCCCGCCUCGGCGGCUACAUGGCCCCCGAGCAGGCCGACAACAAGCGGCUCUCGCAGGAGGCCGACGUGUACAGCUUCGGCUUGCUCGUGCUGGAGGCGCUGACCGGCAGGUCGCCCGCGGCGCAGCACCCGCACCCCUUGCCCGACGCCGACGCGCAGAGGAGGGAGAAGAAGAGCAACGCGGCGGUGGCGGCGAGCCUCCCGGAGUGGGUGCGGUCGGUGGUGCGGGAGGAGUGGACAGCGGAGGUGUUCGACGUGGAGCUGCUCCGGUACCGGGACAUCGAGGAGGAGAUGGUGGCGAUGCUGCACGUGGCGCUGGCGUGCGUGGCGCCGCAGCCGGAGCAGCGGCCGUCCAUGGGCGACGUCGUGAGGAUGAUCGAGAGCGUGCCGGUGGACCAGUCGCCGAUGCCCGAGGAGGACAGGGACGUCUCGGUGACGUCGCCGUCCAUCGGCGUCACCACCGACGACGGGGGUGGCCGGCUCAGCUACUAGCCUGCUAGUUCAGGCAGCCUCGCCGUUCGUGCUUUGUUGACUGUAAUGUAAUGGUGUGAUGUUCGUUAACGUAGUAGUAAGGUUUUGGUAUUAACAUUGUGCAUUUGUGAUGCUCAAGGCCAUACGAUAUAUUUGGGCCGAUUUGUUGGAAGAACUGGAUUCAGUAGUGGCAACCCGCAGUCGCACUCUUCCUCGA